AAUCAAGAUCAGUGGGCGCGGUUUACGUUGACAAGGCCCGCCCAUUGGCCGGUCUGCAGACUUCCCACGGACAGUUGUAUGUUUCAUAAAAAUGCACUCUGAUGCGGCAAAUUUUCAGCUGAAUUCCCAUUUGACUACACUGGCCAGCAUCCAUAAGAUCCACCACACGCUGCACAGACUGAACCUGACGGAAGACGUUGGGCACGGGCAGGAUAGCCACUCGUCAGCUUGUUGCUCUAGAACCAUGCCUCCCAGGAAAAAGAGGAGACCCUCUGCUGGAGACGACAUGUCAGCCAAGAAAAGUCGCCAGGAUAGUGUUUUCAGAAAACAUGAAACGCCACAAAUUCGUGAGGAGGAGACGUUUUCCAGUAAAAGGUGCCUAGAGUGGUUCUAUGAAUACGCAGGUUGUGACGAUGUGGUAGGUCCAGAGGGGAUGGAAAAGUUCUGUGAGGACAUCGGUGUGGAGCCAGAAAAUGUAGUGAUGCUGGUUUUGGCUUGGAAGCUGGAUGCUCAGAGCAUGGGAUAUUUCACUCUACAGGAGUGGCUGAAAGGCAUGGGCUCACUGCAGUGUGACUCCACAGAGAGGCUGAGGAAUUCACUAGAUUACCUGCGAUCUGUCCUUAAUGAUAGCACCAGUUUUAAGCUCAUUUAUAGAUAUGCCUUUGAUUUUGCUCGGGAAAAGGAUCAGAGGAGUUUGGACUUGAACACAGCCAAGUGCAUGUUGGGGCUUCUUCUGGGGAAGACGUGGCCCCUGUUUCCUGUUUUUAAUCAGUUUUUAGAGCAAUCCAAGUACAAAGUCAUCAACAAAGACCAAUGGUGCAAUGUU